GUUGUGCUGUAACUACAGGCACCAAACCAAACCAAACCAAAGGCAAGCCUAGUGUCGCACGACCCCGCGAUGCAUAGAAGAAGAAGUCACGCAGUUCGAGAGUGAUGGCGACGGUGUCCUUCCCAAGCCCCCUUCGUGCGUCUGAGCCCCGGCUAUUGUGGUCGUCACCUGCAGCCGGCACCCAACGGCCCACGCCGCUGUCCAGAACAUUCGCCGGCGUUCGCGGAGCGACGCUUGUGGCGAGCCCUGCUGGUGAAUGGCUCCCCUGCAGUCGUUCGGAAGAGUGCCACCCCGCAUCCGUCGACCCGCGGCGAGACGACACCUCGUCUCUGCUGGCGUCACGGACGCACUCUGCCGACGGCGGCGCGCAGACGACACUCGAUUCCAGCCGCGAACACCAACCGCUGCUGCAGCUGGAAGCCGGCGGUGCACGUACUCGAAGCACCCCGGGCAGCAAGACCAGCAUACUGCACUAUUCUCUCAUUGGCGUCCUGUUCGCGAGACUCGUAACUGUGGCUGUGCCAGCGAUGGCCGGCGCUCCAGGCGGUCCCUUGGCGCCUCACGACCUCCUUCCGGAAAAGGAGCUAUCGUCUAGACGGCGUCAACCGGAGCCGCUCUACAACGUCCCUCCGGAUGUCCAGGACGGAGGAGUCCUGACCGAAGACCCACGCGUUGAGGACCAGCAGCCGCGCACCGUGGCCAUGGCACCGUCUGGCGACGAUGCUCGUGACGGACCCCUAGAUUUUGCUGCAAUAUACAUCGCCCGGAGCAAUGCGGCGCACGGCGUGGCCCUCUUCGACUCGCCGGGGACAGAGCAAUACGUGUGGAGCGAGUGCAUUCGCCACUACUACACGUACUGCACUCCCCCGGUGGUCAUGUUCAACUACGACACAAAAGAGAGUGCGUGCGUUCCAACAACAGCGGCCAGCUAUGCAACCACGGCGCCAACCUAUUCGGUAGCAAGAAACUGUGGCUGGGGAACUGCCUGUUCCCCAGCCAACAACUCAAGUUUGCAGUGAAGCCCCAGCCGCGCCCUCAUAACCGCCUGAAACUCCUUCUCCUCGAGGCUGCAAAUACGCCGUACAUCAAACUUUCCCUAUUACCUAAAUUAGGCGUUAACUGUGAAAAAAAAAGGUAUAUUCCAGUAAUUUUACAUGUUUUCAUCCGUGUAUUAUAGUGUAGCCGUGAAAACCUGAGUCUUGCAAAACACUUGCAACGGAAAAUCCCAGCGUGUGCCACAGGUCUCGACAAGAAAGAAAAGCCACAACUUCUCGAAGUUUUGCAAAAGACUGCAAAUACUGUUACGUUUGACAAUAGACGUUUUUAUAUAAUAAAUAUUAUUAUCUUUUA